CAAAUGGUAUUGUGCGGCGCAAACAAAAUUACCCAAUCUUAGCAUCACUCCCCAUCCACAUACAACCAGCAAGAUCCAUGAGGCCACCGGCGGCUCUUAUGGUCGCCGCCGCCAUCCUUCUCAUGUUGGCCGGUGUCGACGCGACCGUGGAAACAACCUGCAAGGCGGCGGCCGACGAGGACGCGCAUGUCAACUACGUCUUCUGCGUGUCGGAGUUGAGCAAGCACUACCAGAGCUCCGACGCAGACACAUGGGGCCUGGCCAAGAUAGCGGCUAACAUGGGCGUCAACAACGCCUAUGGCACCAUCCACGACAUCGAGCGCCUACUAGCGAAGCCGGGCAUGGAUGCCAAGACGAAGGUGACCCUUGGGCAAUGCCAGGGGCUGUACGACAACAUGAAGUUCACGUUUGCCGGAGCCUACGACGAGAUCAACGGCCGAAAUUACGCCGCGGGGAAGGAGGAGGCCGCAAAGGCCGUCUCCCUGGCGCACCAGUGCGAUGAUGCCUUUGUUAAGGUCGCCGUCCCGUCGCCUCUCAAGCAACGUAGCCUCUACUCCGUGCAGACAGCGAUAGUCUGCACGGCCAUCACUAACCUUAUCAAGUGAUGAAUAGCAUCAUGGAUCCAAAUCGUGGCAGAGUUUAGAGGUCGGAUCAAACUUGUAGCGAUUACUACUCUGAACCUUUGUAAGGUACAUGCAAGGAAUAAAACAUGUUUUCGUUAGUUGUGGGUUUAAUUA